UCCUUCUACGGCUCUCCUUCCUGUGCCGCCUCUCCUGUCAAACUCGACUCGUCAUCGCUCUCCUCUACGAGAUGAACGCCGUCGGCCAUCCUCCCCUGCCCCUUCCCCUCCUGGCUUCCCUGCUCCAUCCCUAGGUCGUAGGUGAUCCCUAGGCCACUGCAGAGACGGACGACAAGCCAAGGAGAAGGGGUCUCAUGGGGAGGACAUGUUCAGAACACCCAGAUUCCUACAUCCACGGCUCGCAUCAGUCCAAAGACCAAGGGGAGGAGAUCCCGAUGAUUGAUGGGAAGCCUGGAUGGAAGAAGGGCACAAAGAUCAGUGAUCAGCCGUAUAUGAUUGUGGUGGACUUGGUGUUAAGGAUUGAUGGCAACGAUCUGGUGGCGACGGGGGAGGAUGUGUCUGACGAGGCGAAGGGUGCCCUUGCAGGGCGACGCGAAGGGCGACGGCCGUGGCUCCUCGCGGGGCACUGGGGACGGGGAGAGGGCUCCCUCUCCGCGCCUCCGCCGCUUCCGGCGACGCACCCGGGGAGGAAGAAGACGGUCCACGAUCCGGAGGCCUUAUCCUGGGCGACGGCGACAUCGGAUUGUGGUGAAGGCUCGGAGGCGGGGAACUCCUGCGAGCUAGAUUUGGUGGUGCCGGCGUCUGCUCGUGCUGAGGGCUGGCCGCAGCAGCCGUCGGAAGGGGCCCGAGGUCUUGCUGUGAGUUGGGAGGACACGGGGCCAUCCGCACCGAUGUUGGCUCGCGGCUCACCGGCGGCGGGCUCUGCUCCACCCAGCCUGGAUUCCGUCCUGGAGUUUCCUCCUCUCCCAGUGGGUGGGAGGGGAAGAGACGACGACGGAUCUAGGGUGCUGGCGGCACAACGCUCCGUGAGCCCGGCGUCAAUCCUCGUGGGAGAGGUGGCGGUGGUGCUCCCGCCGGCGGGGGCGGUGGCGCGGACCGAGGAGAGGGACAGGUUCCUAGGGUUUCCCGACGUGUGUGUGGGGCAGGAACUUGGUGGGCCGACGGGCCCAGCGGUGGGACGGCCUGCUAGGCAGGGCCUGGCUGACAUCUUGGGCUCUCCUGCGGGAGUCAGUUUCGGAGGGCCGCUGGAUGCGUGCCACGUACGUGAGGGGCAAAUGUCCAGGGUCCAGAUCGAGCAAGGGGAGUUGCCAGUAGUUUCGGACGGUUCUGCCCUUGGCUCCACCACUUAUAAGUGGCUCGGGUUCCGGUCGGAACCCUAGAUCCCACUCUAGGGUUUCCUGGCGGCCGCCGCUAGAGACCUCCACAAGCUCCGGGUUUCCAAAGGCAAGCAGAGGAAGCACAACGCCAGAGACAUCGUCGGCGUGCGUGGAUGGAUAAAGAGCGUCAAGGCAAGCGGUCCUUCGCGGACAUGGGCUAUCCCGGGACUGGCGGCACGACCAGGAUCUCCGCCAGAAGCUCGACCGUGAGCAGGAGGAGCAGAGGAGGCAGCAACGAGAGCGCGAGCGGGAGUACCAGAGGCAGUGAGAUGGGGAGUAGCGCUUCCGGGAAGGGAGCGGAAGAGAGCAGCGACGUCAGCAGCCUGCUCCGUCGUCUUUGCGAGGGCGCGAAGCGGCGCGUGCUCAGGCGGGCCAUUCUUAGGGCACCGGCAGUGAGUGUGGGGCUCCAUCGACUGCUGGUCAGGGUGGAAAGGAGAUGGUGGCCGAGGAGGGGUCACACAUCAUCUGCUACAACUACGGUAAAUCUGGGCACAUCCAGGCCGAUUGCAAAGAUGAACCUUUCUGCAUCUAAUGCAACAAGGUGGGGCACUUGUCUGCGAUGUGCGCGACCUUCUCCAAGAUGGUGGAGCCGUACUGGGCAGGGUAUGGAUGUGAUGGCGUGGGCUUCAUGGUCUGUGAUGUUCCGGAGGAGGAAUUACUCCCUCCAGCUCCUAAUGCUGCUCUGCUGAUUCUGGAGAAGGGCUCCCUCUCAGAAGAACAGAUGGAAGCAGAGCGGAAGGAUCUUGUGGAGGAAGACUGGGCGUGGAGGGUUCAGAAGCUCAACAACACUGACUUCGCCGUGUUCUUCCCGUCCAAGGAGAGCUUAAGGAUGGCAAUCCGAGGUGGUGGCUGAUACGUCUCAAACGUAUCUAUAAUUUCUUAUGUUCCAUGCUACUUUUAUGACAAUACUCACAUGUUUUAUACACACUUUAUGUCAUUAUUAUGCAUUUUCCGGCACUAACCUAUUGACAAGAUGCCGAAGCGCCAGUUCCUGUUUUCUGUUGUUUUUGGUUUCAGAAAUCCUACAAAGGAAAUGUUCUCGGAAUUGGACGAAAUCAACGCCCAGGGUCUUAUUUUUCCACGGAGCUUCCAGAAGACCGAAGAGCAUACGAAGUGGGGCCACGAGGUGGCCAGACCAUAGGGCGGCGCGGCCAGGGAGGGGCCCGCGCCGGCCUAUGGUGUGGACCCCUCGUCAGCCCUCCGAAUCUGCCCUUCCGCCUACUUAAACUCUCCGUCGCGAAAACCCUAUUACCGAGAGCCACGAUACGGAAAAAGUUCCAGAGACACCGCCGCCUCCAAUCCCAUCUCGGGGGAAUUCAGGAGAUCGCCUCCGGUACCCUGCUGGAGAGGGGAAUCAUCUCCCGGAGGACUCUUCAUCACUAUGAUCGCCUCCGGACUGAUGUGUGAGUAGUUCAUCCUUGGACUUUGGGUCCAUAGCAGUAGCUAGAUGGUUGUCUUCUCCUCAUUGUGCUAUCAUGUUAGAUCUUGUGAGCUGCCUAUCAUGAUCAAGAUCAUCUAUUUGUAAUGCUACAUGUUGUG